CCCUUCUGGUAUUUCCGCAUUUCCAAUAUCAUUGGGGUUUUUUGUGUAUGAAUAGAAUUUAAUUUGUGGAAACGAAAGAGAAAGUAAAAGAGAAAAACAUAGAGGGAAUCUUUAAACAUAUCAGAAUAAACACAUUCUAAUGGAACAACCUCCGAGUAUUUCAUUGUACGAGAGGACGGAGGACGACACAAGUGCUUUAGGAGAUGGCAUAGCUAAGCUAUCUGUAAACCAGAUAGACGAUCACCCCACAGAAGUAUCUUUAUUUGAUGAGGAGGAAGAAGAGGAGAAAGUAUCGGAAUCAAAAACGAGUAAAUACGCCUAUUCCGAGAACGCAAACCUUGCUGAAGAAAACGAUUUGCUUAAGAAGCAAAAGAAAAAACUUGUGGAACCAAAGAAAUUUGAACUACGGCCAUAUCAACAAGAGUUAGCAGAGAGGGCCUUAAGGGGAGAUAACUGUGUUAUCAUAGCUCCAACAGGAAGUGGCAAAACACAUGUCGCAAUAAGUAUAAUCCAACAUCACUUAGAAAAACUUGAGCGAUGGAAGAAAAUAGUAUUUAUCGUCGACAAAAACAACCUGGCCAAUCAACAGUCAGAGAGGAUAGAGGAAUAUCUAAAAUGCAGAUUGAAAGUGAUAUCCGGGGACAUCCAGAGAGAAGUGGAAUGUGUACAAGACUGGGACUCGCUAUUACCCCACUACGAUGUUUUCGUGUCUACUGCACAAAUGUUGCUUAACGCUAUUAACGAUCCUGAACAGAAUGUCUGUCUGGAGUCGUUCUGUCUGUUUAUCUUUGACGAAUGCCACCACUGCGGCAGGAAACAUCCAUUUCAACGGAUCAUGGAUAAAUACGUGGACACCAGACUGGAUCGGAACGGUGAUAAAAGUCAGCUCCCACAGGUCGUUGGGUUCACAGCCUCGCUCGGAGUGGGAAAGGUUAUAUCUCUAGACAAUGCAGUGGAACACCUCAAGACGUUCUUAGCCAUCAUGGACGCUGAUUGCUUAGUAACGGUGCAGAGAAAUAAAGAGGACUUAGCAACGCAUGUAAACAACCCAAAACAAUACAUCGUUAGUGUACCUGGUAGACGGAGAGACGACUUUGGAACCCGGAUAAAAGAUUUGAUGAGCAGAACUGAAGAAUAUUUGAAAAACACCGGUGUGGGAAUGAUUAACAUAAACGCCAUAAGACCUCAAUCUAUGAAAGGUGAUACACAGUACACAAGUUGGCUGGAGGGCGUACUUCGAAAAGCACAGGCCAAACUUCAGGAUCCGGAUAUGGCCAGGACACUGUUUACUAUCAAACAGUAUUUAGAGAUUUACAACAAUGCGCUUAUUCAUUAUACCCACGCCAGAGCAAUAGAUGCGCUAAACUUUAUCAAAGAUGAAGUAGAAAAAUUCCCAAACAUAUCCAAGUAUACAGAGAUUGAAAGAAAAGUUAAAUCAGAAUUAGAGGAUGAGUACAUGACACUGGAAGCAUCUGCACUGGAUCACGGAAGAACUUCAGAAAACCCACUUCUUGAAAAAUUGAAAGAGAUCAUCAUUUCAACAUACGCGGAGGAGCCCAACAUGAGGGCGAUAGUGUUCGUGAGGACUCGGAUAAUGACCGAGUGUUUGGUGAACUGGAUGGAGGACACCGAGGAAUUACAGCACAUCAUGGCGCAGAAGUACACCGGCGCCAAGGCGUCCAUCUCAGAAGGAGGCAUGGAAAGGCAUGAACAAGUGAGCGCUCUCGAGCUGUUCAGAGAUGGUGAGUAUAAAGUAAUUAUGGCGACCACGGUGGCAGAGGAAGGGCUGGACAUCAAGGAAUGUAACCUUGUCGUCAGAUAUGACUACGCAGGAAGCCCAGUCGCCAUGAUGCAAGCCAGAGGUCGAGGUCGUGCAAAGAACAGUCGGUUCUACAUCCUGGCGUCGGCAGAUAAGUGUGUCGCUGAAAAGGAGCAGACCAACGUCACCAUAGAGCCGCUAAUGGAGGCAGCCAUGAAACAACUCCAGCAGCUUAUAGAGCUCGAUAGCUACACCUUCCAAGUCCAGAAACAAGGGUGCCAGCGUCAGAUGAAGCGAUGUCGCGAGCUGGAAACAUAUCAACAGCAGAGCAAAGUGACUGUUCCAAACUAUAGUAUUUACAAUCUCAGUUGUCUCAAGUGCAAUGCAUUUUUAUGCACUUCAAAUGAUAUACGGAAGAUACUGAAUCACCAUUAUGGCUGCAUCCGGCAAGAUUUGAAAUACAGAGUCGUUUGUACGAGGUUCGAUCAACCAAAGUAUCCGGGUGAAGACAUUGAGAUGGGGGUAGGUCAGGUAGACUGCAGUGGCAGGGGAUGCGCUGUAAAACUUGGAACUAUUGCCCUCUAUGAAGGCAUUUACUUUCCUAUUCUGAAUAUCAAGGCUCUCAAAAUUGCAAAGGGCACAAUGAAGGGAGACACUCUUAAGAAGUGGGGAAUGGUUGAGAAAUAUUUCACGGUGCAGGACAUGACAGAGUAUGAUAUGGAAUACCUUUCCAAAUCCGACAGACUUAUUGAAUGGGCAAAUUAAAGAUGGUUAUGUUACGCGAAUCUCAUGGACCUAUUUUAUUCCUGGUAUAAGUAGAUCUCCCACUUCUAUUUUUGAUUUAGAACGAAUUUUUAUACACCUAUAAUGGAAUAUAUACAUGUAUGACUGCUUAUGAUGUUGUGAAUUGUUUAAAAAUAAAUAUAGAUAAAAAUAUAA